AUGCGUGGGCUACUCGCCUUCUUCCUCGCUCCAAAACUGCUCCGGUUUUCUCUCUCUCCCCCUCGCGCUGCUCCGCUUCAUCGAUGGGAGAUCUCCUCCCCUAAAUCGCCGCGCCGCUGCCGAGCUCGUCGCCGGGGGAGCCGUCGGGCUGCUCUGGUGAGCAGAAUCGGUGUCAAGGACGCGGGGAUCGACUCGCCCGGCGGUGUGAUUUCGUCCCAUUCGAGCUGGAGAGGAGGCGUCUACGACGGCGACUUGUUCUGCGUCGAGCCCGCGUCGAUCCACAGCUGUUAUGUUUUGCAGUUAAUUAUGCAGCUGCUAUUUGUAGAUAUUCCAUGGGUUGCAAUGAAACCUGUAAUCCCACUCAAACAUUCUAAAACUCCAAAGAGCCGGCAGAAGAUUUCUAAAUUCAAGAGGAUGAAGGAGAGGUUACAGUAUAAAAAUGUAUCUCAGAGUGUGCAAGAAGAAACAAUACCAUUGCAGACUGUUCCUCCUUCCGAUGAGCCCCCUUUCGAUGUGCCAGAAUAUCCAUUACAUGAUGAGGAAAAGUCAGAUGAAGAGGAUAAUGUUGUUGAGAAGAAGAAUAAUUUAUUCAACCGUUCUUCUCCAAUGAAGGUUGUUAGGGUUUGCAAAGGAAUGACAUCUAAGCAGCGUGCUUUGAUCAGUGGAGCAGAUUUUAGUGCCAUCCUUAGCAUGAAGUGUUCAAAGCUAAUCCCAGAGUUAUGCAGAUUCCUCAUGGAACACUUUGAUCCAGUGGCUUGUGUUCUAGAUUUUGGUGAGAGGGGGAAAAUCCUAGUUAAUGUUCAGUCGGUUGUGAGUGUGAUGGCAGUACCCAUGGGUACACACCCUGUCCCGUACAAGCAAAACAUUGAUGCAACAAGUUCUGUGCUAGAGAUGAUGGGGAUCAACAAUGGGAGGCAACCAACCUUAUCAGAGGUGGAGAAGCAGUUGGAACGCAGCUAUCCCGCUGAUGAUGCUUACUUGAGGAAGUUCAUUAUCUUCCUUAUGUCUUCUGUGUUUGCUCCUACAACAGGAAUUUAUGUUAGCCCAAAGUGUUAUCCAGCGGUGAUUAACAUAGAAGCAAUCCGAAGGUUGGACUGGGCAAGAUUUAUUAUCGACAUCCUCAUUAAGACCGCAAACGCCAAAGAAAAAAAAACUGGUUUAAAGCUUGCAUGCCAUACCUAA